GCGGCGCUGUGAUGGCGGAGUUGGACGUAGGGCAGCACUGUCAGGUGGAGCAUUGCCGGCAGCGAGGUGACCUAGCAGUCCUUAGCCGCGGGCGUGGUAGACCUGGAUCCCACUAUGCCUUCACGGAGACUGGUGGCGGAUUUUCUUCCAUUUGUAUGUGAUGGUUGUUCAGGAGUAUUUUGCCUUGAACACAGAACCAGGGAGUCACACAGCUGUCCUGAGGUGACUAUAAUCAAUGAGAGCCUGAAGUCAGAUAAGCCUACCUCUUACCCAUGUUCAUUCAAGGACUGUGCUGAAAGAGAGCUUGUGCCAGUUAAAUGUCCUUAUUGUGAGAAGAAUUUUUGCCUGAGGCACCGUCAUCAGUCGGAUCAUGAAUGUGAAAAACUGGAAAUUCCUAAGCCUCGUAUGGCUGCCACUCAGAAACUUGUUAAAGACAUUAUUGAUUCUAAGACCAGAGAGACAGCAAGUAAACGACGUAAAGGUGCAAAAAAUAGUGAAACAGCUGCAAAGGUAGCAUUGAUGAAAUUAAAAAUGCAUGCUGAUGGAGAUAAGUCAUUGCCACAGAAAGAAAGAGUUUACUUUCAGGUUUUCUUACCUAAGGGGAGCAAAGAGAAGAGCAAACCAAUGUUCUUUUGCCACCGAUGGAGCAUUGGAAAGGUCAUAGACUUUGCAGCUUCUUUAACCAGUCUUAAAAAUGAUAAUAACAAAUUAACAGCUAAGAAAUUAAGGUUAUGUCACAUUACUUCAGGAGAAGCCUUACCCUUGGAUCAUACUUUGGAAACCUGGAUUGCUAAGGAGGAUUGUCCUUUAUAUAAUGGUGGAAAUAUUAUCUUGGAAUAUCUUAAUGAUGAAGAACAAUUUCUAAAAAAUGUUGAUUCUUAUUUGGAAUAGUCUUGUAAGGAUUCAAGCCGGAAAUGAUGAGGAAAAUUUUAUGUAAAGUCAAUUUCUUUUACUACAAAUACUCUAUAUGUUUUUAAAAGUUGCUUUUUAACUGAUUUCCAUUAUGUCAUAAUUCAUCAGUUUUCUGUUAAAUUUGAAUUUUUGUGUGUUAAAGUUUAACUGAAUGGACAUUCAGUAAUUAGCAAAUUCUUACCUUUAAUUUUUAUUAGGUUGUGCUUAGUAACAACAAAAAAGGUGUAUUUCAUUUAGUUAAUGUGAGAUGUUGGGACGUUGCCACUUCUAAGGCAGAGGAAGAAAGAGAUGGCUUUUAGAAGAUACAUAUAUUAUUUUUGCUUUAAGCAAGUACCCUGGCCAAGCCUUGCAUCAUGAAGCCAGGAUAUAUAGCCUUAACUCUAUAUCCAGAUGUAAAAAUUGAUGUGUGUACAUGAAUCGUAGAAACUUGGAGACCAUCUCAUUCACUCUAAGUUUUUAGAUGAGGAAUCUCAGGCCUAGGAAGAGGAUUGAUUUUUCUUGGUGUCCUCUAACUGCAUUGGGGCAUAUCUCUGAUAAAGGUCCUCCUCCAGUAGGAUUUACCUUUUUUGUUUAUGUAAAUGUAUUACAAAUGAGAAUAAGAUGAGGUAGCACAACUUCAUUACAGUAUCUUUGUAUAUCAAAGCAAAAUACAUACCAAAAGGAAUUAUAUUUUACCUACACAUUAAAAUGAAUGCUUCUGACUGAUCUAUCCCAUCAGUACUCAACAAAGUACUACCAUAUAGAAUAGAAAUAAUUUGUUCUUUUUCCCUUUUUGUUCUUUUGGGGAAGGCUUUGUCCCUUUUCUAUCUUAUUUGUCAUAGACAUAUAUAGUAGCUUUACGUAUAAUUAAAUAAAGGAAUUAAACUCAGAA